AUGGAAGCUAUAGUAAAGAACGCUAUACAGCACUUUUGUGAAGAAAAUAACAUCUUGCAGGAUUUUCAACAUGGCUUCCGGAGAGGACGUUCCUGCCUCUCAAAUCUGCUAGCCUGUCUGGAAAUCUGGACCAGGGCUCUAGAAGAGGGUUUUGAGGUCGAUGUCGUGUACAUCGAUUUCCGCAAAGCUUUUGACACUGUCCCACACCAACGUCUCCUUCCCAAAUUGAGCACCAUCGGCGUCCGGGGAGAUCUUCUGAACUGGAUUAGGGCGUUCCUGGUUGGUCGGAAACAACGUGUCUGUAUCGGGGAUGAUAUGUCAGAAUGGCUGAAUGUGACCAGUGGUGUGCCGCAAGGCUCAGUUGUGGGACCAUUGCUCUUCAUCCUUUAUGUUAACGACAACCUUCAGGAACUCGACUGCGGCAAAAUAAUGUUUGCAGACGACGUUAAGCUCUGGCAAGUCAUUAAGGGUCCGAAUGAUCAGAGAUCCCUUCAAAAUAAUCUGCACCGACUGCAAGCGUGGUCGAAGAAAUGGCUUCUAGAUUUCAAUGUGGAGAAGUGUGUCGUCCUUCAUCUGCGUCCAACCGACUCUCAUUCAAAUGAGAGUCCGAGGACUUAUCACCUGAAAGAUAUAAAGCUCCCCGAAGACUCUUCACAGAAGGAUCUCGGGGUUUGGAUACAGAACAACCGGAAACCAACGCUGCAGUGCCACAAGGCUGCAAAAAACGCCAUGGGAGUACUGCAUGCAAUAAAAAGGGCUUUCGUUAACUUUGACCAAGACCUUUUUGGGAGAGCUUACGGCACAUUUGUUCGGCCCCACUUAGAAUAUGGCAUGCAAGCAUGGCGGCCAUGGCUAGUAAAGGACCACGCAUGCAUCGAACGAGUACAACGGCGUGCAACAAAGCUGGUAAACGGUCUAAAAAGCCAAUCCUACACAGACAGACUGAAUUGCCUUAAUUUAUUCCCUCUGUGUUACAGGCAGCAAAGAGGUGAUCUUAUCCUCGUCUACCAGAUAAUACAUGGCCUUGAGCAUGGACUUAAAUUUGAGGACAUGUUUCAGUGGCACCUUUCACCCAAUCUUCGUGGUCACUCGAUGAAGUUACGGACAACAAUGUCCAGGCUGAAUCUUCGUUCUGAAUUUUUCACGCAGAGGGUAGUGGAGAAAUGGAACGAUAUCCCUCAGUCAGUCGUGGAGGCUACAUCCCUGCAACUCUUCAAGAAACGCUUGGAUGAUUAUUUGUGUCCCCUGUUUUCCCUCGACAGUUUGAAUCCGAACUAA